GUUAUGAGUGACGUAAUUUUGGUGACACUACUCUGUGUAAUAAUGAAGCUACUAAGUUUUUAUUGUUCUCUCUUUGGUGUUGCACUUUGUAGUCGGUCCCUGCGCAGUGCGCACGCCUCUCCCAAGCCAGCUGCUUAUAUUUCAGUUUUAUUUGUCCAGGUCUGAGGACGACUUGUUUUGUUGAAAACCAGGUUCUAGCUCGUUGGUUACCUUACGGUAGGAAAGAGGCGUCGUUUGUGUUUUAAUAACGUUUCGCUGAUAAGUUAUUGAUGACGGAAGUUUUGUGACUAUCAUUCCAAUUUACCGGACUUGAUGGGUUUAUGGUGUUAAAUGGAGCCGAUCCUCUUCACCUCGCAGUUACUCUAUAUCUUGACAACAGAUCACUUCUCCUCAGGAUUUUUUCAGAGCAAAAUCUAUACAUGAAGGACAGACCUACUCGGCGACAACCUACAAACAAUAUUGGACUUUAAACAAAACAUCAGCGACAAAAUGCCAAAAGAAUUUGCGGAUGAAUAUCAACCUUUGCUUAUUAAAGAAAUCAAAGAUAAAAAGCGACCCAAGUUUCCGAACAAAUCACUUCUGCUGGCUGUGUGUGCUGCGUGUAUAGGGGGAACAUUUCAGUGUGGAUAUAAUACAUCUAUCAUCAAUGCUCCCACAACGCAUGUGCAGAAUUUCAUCAACCAAACCUGGAGGGAGCGUUACCAAACUGACAUAUCAGCAGAUGUUCUCACCCUGCUUUGGUCCACUAUUGUGUCUAUAUUCACCAUAGGAGGACUUCUAGGAGUGACAGUCGGUGGGACAUUGUCUGUGAAGCUGGGGAGGAAAGGGACGCUGUUGGCCAAUAAUAUAUUUGCAUUAAUGGCUGCUCUGCUAAUGGGUCUAAGUUACCCUACAGGAUUAUUUGAAUUACUCAUCAUUGGACGUCUUCUCAUUGGAAUAUAUGCAGGCAUUGGACUUUGUGUUCAACCUCAGUAUUUGGGUGAAAUAGCUCCAACUGCAUUUCGUGGUGCCAUGGGAAUGGGAACUUCUAUUUUCAUCACUGUUGGGAUCUUGACUGGACAAGUGAUUGGCCUUAAAGAGCUCUUGGGCAAAGAAGAGCACUGGCCCAUCCUGCUCUCCACCACAUGUAUCCCAGCAUUCCUGCAGCUCCUGAUCCUGCCCUGGUUCCCAGAGAGCCCGCGCUACCUGCUCAUUGACAAAGGAGAUGAUGAGGGAUGUAAGAAAGCCCUGAAGCAACUUCACGGUAUAGCUGGCUGUGAUGGCGAAUGGGCGGAUAUCGAGAAGGAGAAAAAUUAUUUAGUGGAUUUCCAGGCCAAGAAACCCUGGGAGCUCUUGACUGAUCGUAGUGUCCGCAGGCAGCUUCUCACCGUCUUGCUGCUCAACGCUGCACAACAGCUGAACGGCAUCAAUGCUAUUUACUUCUACGCAGAGUACUUGUUCAAACAAUCUGGUAUCCCCGCUGAUAAAAUACCAUAUGUGACCGUUGGCACUGGUGCCUGUGAAUGCAUCACAGCUUUAACAUGUGGUAUGCUCAUUGACCGUCUGGGAAGGAAAGUGCUCAUUACGGGAGGAUACACACUGAUGAGUAUCUGCUGCAUUUUAUUCACGCUGACGCUCUCUUUCCAGGAUGCCAGCCCAGUAUUUCCAUACGUGAGCAUGGUGUGUGUAUUUGCUUUUAUCCUGAGUUUUGGCUUAGGGCCAGGUGGCGUGACAAACAUCUUGACCACUGAGCUAUUCACACAAACGGCACGCCCUGCAGCGUACGUAAUCGCAGGAUCAUUGAACUGGUUGAGCUUCUUCUUUAUCGGCCUGGUCUUCCCUUUUAUUGUGAUCGGGCUACAGCAGUACUGUUUCCUGGUGUUCCUGGCCAUCUGCUCCUUAAUGGCGAUAUACAUUUUCUUUUUUGUUCCUGAAACCAAGAACAAAACCUUCGUGGAAAUCCAGAAUGAGUUUCAGUCCAGAAAGGCCCGCAGUGCUGAUAGAGCAGGGACGACACUGUUAUCCACUUUUAGAUGAAAUGUUACUUUUAUGUCACAAAGAUUAAUAACUGCCAGGAGGAUUUAUAGUCCACACAUGCACAACAAAAUAGAUCACUAUGGAAAUACUGUAAAUUAUGGUACCUUGCUUAAACUUCAGGGAUGUAGGCCUACAGAGUAGUCAUAAUUACAUCUUUUCAGUUCACUUACAAAUAUAGCCUCAUACAUUAAAAAUGACCUUGAUGUGUAAUA